GGCCACCCCCAAAGAUUCGACACGACGAUCGGUCCUGCGCUGCCCUCAUCCAACGUAGUCCGGCGAUCGAGACCAGAUCGGUCCAUCUUGGGGGGGGCCUACCACCACUGCUUCUUCCGGUGAUGGUGAACGAGGCGUGUGACCGGCCGCUGGUGGAAGCCCGCGGCGGGGCGGUGCGAGUGGACACGGGCACGGGCGCCGUGCUGCUGCGGCCGCACUACCUGCUGCUGUUACUGCGGGCCGCCAAGCACAUGGAGCGGGAGCCGGAGCUGGAGUGGGAGGAGGUGGAGUGGAACGUGUCGGGCGAGUCCGCGGCGGGCCGGCGCCGCGUGCGCGGCUCGUGCGUGGGCGUGGUACUGGCGGCGCUGCGGGCGCUGCUGCGGGCCGCUCACCCGCGCCGGGCCUUCAACGCCGCGCACGCCGCCGCCGCGCACACGCUGAGACACCUGCUCGACGCCUGCAAGGAGCGUUUCCUGAACACAGAGAGCGGGCCCCUGUCGGAGGAAUGCAGCAACACGCUGGUAGAUGUGACUCGCGCGCUGCUCGGGUCGCCACCCCUCCUGGGGGACGUGGCGCUCUUGGCCGAUUUUCUGCUGCUCAUGCAUCAGGCGAGCGACACGUUCAUCACUCACUCCCGGGCCAACUUCUACUUUCUGGUGAGUACGGCCACGCCCGAGGCUACCGACUUCAACAUCCUCCAGCUGCUGGGCAAGCGCAACAAGAAGCGACGCUCGUCUGCGGGCCGGCGGGACCUCGUGGACCGCUCCAGCGCCUCCAGUGUCUCCAACGAGGACGCGCCAGGGGAAGAAGAGGACGGGCUCGAUGCCGCCGCCGACUGCAAGCAGAUCAAGACACAGCUCAACUCACACAUCAAGGACAGCAGGAAAAGUAUCUCAUCGAUGUCGGAAAACUCGGAGUUGACGGGUGAUAGAGGGAGCGGCGGUAGCGGGGUGACGGGAGAGGUGGAGUUGGAGGGGGGAGAGAGUGACCAGUUAGGGGACUACGACGUGAUCGACGAGGAAGAGUUGAGCACCGCCACGAAUGAUGCGUACACGGGUGCGCUGUACCGAGAGGCGGGCGUCCGCGCGGGUGCUGAGCCUGGAUGGAGCGCGUGCGAGGGUCUACUGCUACUACUGAGGGACGCGCUACGAGCCACGCCUGCCGACCAGCUACCACAGCCCGUCGGCACCGCGGUCCAUCCCGAGCAGAUCGUAGUAUUGGCCAAUCACAGCAGCGCACGCGUGCGGGCCGCCGUCGUGCGACUCGUGUGUGCGCUUGACCACCGACGCACGCAUCCGCUCAUUUACGUGCAUCUCGCCAACCAGAUAUGCCAGUACGAGGGUAGCGCCGAGGUCGGCGAGGCUUGCGCGGCGCUACUCACAGGGCGGGAUGUGCCGCUACACGACCAGACACAUGAGGAGGUGUGGGACGACGUAAGCGACUCGUGGUGCCGGCGUGCGUGCCCGCUACUGGGCGUGUUGCCCGCGUGCAUGAGCCACACGCCACUUGCGUGCGCACUGCUCGCCGUACUGGCGCGGCUCAUAGAUAAGUGUUCGGUGAAGGCGUUGCAAGAUGUGGCAGUGGGCGAGACCCUGGUGCGGUGCGUGCGAGCAGCGGGCGGGACCGGGGGCGCUGCAGUCGGCAGCGACGGAGCGGCGGCCGAAGUGCGCUCGCUGCUCGCUCGGCUGACGGUCAAGGUGCUGGCGGGGAACCACUCCACACAGAUGAUAAUGGAUUUGCACAACAUGCUGACGUACGAGGAGCACGAGGCGGCGGGGCGCGGCGAUGACGUCACGGAGCGAGACGACCGCCACAGUGGGGGGGAGGGGGAGGAGGGGGAGGGGGAGGGGGUCGUGCGAGCCGCCAGGGACGCUCAGGUAGUGUGCCCUUAG